UGGUAGCUAAGUUAGACCUCUACCACUGCUCUCUCAUUCCUUCUCCUCCUCCUCUAUUCUAAACCUAAAAACUAUAUAUGUAAAAUUCCAGACUUCAAACCCUAAAAUACCACUUUGUUUUUUGCAUUUCUCUCAGAAAUACAGAUCAUUAUCUUUCUUACUCUUACCUUCGAACUCGUCCAGUCGUACUCACUGGUUCGCUCUCCGAUCUGCCACUCCACCACCAUGAUUUCUCCUUUCGAAGCUAAGCCGAAACCAAACCCGACCCGAGUUGGUAGCUGAGACUGUCGUCAUUGUGAAAUGGGUAAAUCAACAUCCUCUCUUCUUUUUAUAUGCAAUCGUUUGAUUAUUAGAGUAAGCCUUCCAUUUCGUGCUUUUACUUCUCAUUAUUGUUCUACUAUUAGAGAAAAUGCGAAAACCCCAUAUCAGAAUCGGAAUCAGUUUUUGAAAUCUGUGAGACAUCACUGCAAAUCUGGAACCUUUAAGAAUCUUGAUCAUGCCUUAGACCUGUUUGAUAUAAUGCUUCACAUGCACCCUUUGCCUUUCAUUGGAGAUUUUACUCUAUUUUUGGGUGCCAUUGCAAGAAUGAAGCAUUACUCUGUAGUUGUUACUCUAAUUAAACGAAUGGAAUCAUUCGGAAUCUCUCCCAAUGUUUAUUCUCUCAAUGUUUUGAUUAAUUGCUUCUGCCAUCUGAACCGGGUCGAUUUUGGUUUCUCUAUCAUCGCAACAAUUUUGAAACUUGGCUAUAAGCCAGACUGUAUAACUCUAACCACUCUUGUCAAAGGCCUCUGUCUUAAAGGUAAUAUUUCUGGAGCUGUGAGGUUGGUAGAGGAAAUGGAGAACAAAGGGUACCAACCUAAUGUAAUUACUUGUGGGACGAUAGUAAAUGGUCUGUGUAAGAAUGGCCAAACUGGUGUGGCUAUUAAGUUGCUCAGGAUGCUUGAAAAAAGGAAUUUUGAACAAAAUGUGGUGCGUUAUAGCACGGUCAUUGACAGUUUAUGUAAGGACAAAUUGGUAACAGAGGCUUUGAACCUUUUAUCUGAAAUGAUGAGUAAAGGCAUUCAGCCAAAUGUUGUCACUUACAGUUGCAUAAUUCAAGGACUAUGCAAUUCUGGCCGGUGGAGGGAGGCUGCUGCCUUUUUGAAUGAGAUGCUCCAAAGGAAGAUCAUGCCAAAUGUGCGAACCUUCAACAUAUUGGUGGACACACUUUGCAACAAAGGGAUGUUGACUGAGGCAAAAGAAGUUUUUGAAGUGAUGAUUCAAAGAGGCACUAAGCCUGACAAAGUCACUUACAAUUCUUUGAUUGAUGGUUAUUGUUUGCAAAACCAAAUGGAUGAGGCAGUUAAGGCAUUUAAUAUGAUGGUUGAAAAGGGUUGUUCACCUGAUGUGUUUAGCUAUAACAUAUUGAUCAAUGGAUAUUGCAAAAGUAAAAAAAUUGACGAGGCAAUGCGUCUGUUUCAUGAAAUGUCCAACAAGGGAAUGAUUCCUAAUGUAGUGACUUACAACACUCUUAUAGGUGGGUUAUGUCAAGUGGAGAGAGUCCUAACUGCACUAGAGCUAUUCAAUACAAUGCGAGCUUGUGGCCAACAUCCAGAUCCCCAAACCUAUGCCAUCUUAUUAGAUGGCUUUUUUAAGAAUAGACGAAUUGCUGAGGCAAUGGCAUUGUUUCAGGAGAUGGAAGACAAAAGGCUGGAUUGUGAUAUUGUGAUAUACAACAUCUUGAUUGAUGGUUUCUGCAAUGUUGGGGAACUUACGACUGCAAGAGAAAUCUUUAGUGGCCUUCCUGCAAAAGGAUUGAAACCUAAUGUUUGGACUUAUACUAUAAUGAUCAAAAGAUUUUGCAAGAAUGGACUAGUUGUUGAAGCGAGUGAGCUGCUUGAGAAAAUGGAUGGCAAAGGUUGUUCACCUAACGAUCACACAUAUAACUCAAUAAUUCAAGGGUUAUUGCAAAAUGGUGAGACAUCAAAGGCAACAAAAUAUCUCAAAAUGAUGGUUGACAAAGGAUUUUCAGCAAAUGCGACCACUGCAACCAUGUUUAUUGACUUGCUGUCAUCAAAUCAAGCAGAUGAAAAUAUUCAAGAAUUGCUUCCGAAGUUUGUGUGAAGGUUUUUUAGGUUCUCAAGAUCAAGGACAACAUUCAUAUUUAACCAAUCACAAGUCAUUAUGUGAGUGAUGUAUAUUUGCUUCCAAUAAAAUUUAAUACUUUUUAUGAGAUGGUAUUUCUUUCCAAUUCUGUGCACAAGAUUGUUUGUUCCUUUUA